GCGGCGGCCAGCGACACACCAUGGCGCAACGCUCCGGAAAGAUCACUCUCUACGAGGGCAAGCACUUCACAGGGCGGAAACUGGAGGUGUUUGGGGACUGUGACAACUUCCAGGACCGAGGCUUUAUGAACCGAGUGAACUCCAUCCGUGUGGAGAGUGGAGCCUGGGUCUGCUUUGAUCACCCUGACUUCCGAGGCCAGCAGUUCAUCCUGGAGCAUGGUGACUACCCUGAAUUCUUCCGCUGGAAUGGCCACAAUGACCACAUGGGCUCCUGUCGGCCUGUGGGCAUGCAUGGGGAGGAGGGACUCGGAGUAUUCCCUUUUCCUUCCCCACCUGUCCUGGAGCACGGAGAGCAUUUCCGAAUAGACAUCUUCGAGGGCUGCAACUUCACAGGCCAGUGCCUGGAGUUCGUGGAGGAUUGCCCCUUCCUGCAGAGCCGGGGCUGGGCCAAGAGCUGUGUCAACGCCAUCAAGGUGUAUGGAGACGGAGCGUGGGUCCUCUAUGAGGAGCCCAACUACCGCGGCCGCAUGUACGUGGUGGAGAGAGGCGACUUCCGCAGCUUCUCCGACUGGGAGGCCCACAGUGCACGCGUGCAGUCGCUCCGCAGGGUGCUCAACUUCUUCUAGUCGCAACUGGAUACGUGCGACCCAGGGAAGCAAUAAAGAUCCAGAAAGCGGA